CCUUUUUACGUUACGUCAUUCAGCGCGACACCCGGUUGACUUCUAUCAUGGCUUCGAGAUUAGAAAUCAAUUUCGUCAGGUUAUUGUCUCGCUGUGAGUCAAUAGCUUCGGAAAAACGAGGCGAGGCUGAAUGGAGGCUGGAGAAGUAUGUUGGUGCGUUGGAGGAGAUGUUGGUGGCUCUGAGGAAAAGCAUUAGCAAACCCACACCAGAAGUCCUGACUGAAUACACAAGGAAAGUGGAUUUUCUGAAAGGCCUUCUAGAAGCAGAGAAGCUGUCAUCACCAACUGAAAAGGCUCUUGCCAAUCAGUUCCUCGCCCCAGGCCGAACACCCACUAUCGCCAAUGAGAGGAUGGCCGCCACGAAAACUGUUCACAUGCAGACCAAAGCCCGAUUUACGGGGGAGAUGAGGGAUGAGCUGCUUGGCAAGGGAUUUUCAGACAAAGAAACAGACUUGCGAAACAGAAGAGGUGUGCCUUUGGACGAGCGCCAGUCGGCCACAGAGCUGGACGCCAUCUUGCAGCACCAGCACAACCUCCAGGAGAAGAUCGCGGAGGACAUGCUCAACCUGGCCAGGAACUUGAAAAACAACACGCUGGCUGCACAGAGCAUCAUCAAGCAGGACAAUCAGACUUUGGGCCAGUCGAUGCAUCAAGCAGACCUCAACUUCGAGAAGCUGAAGACGGAGUCAGAGCGUCUGGAACAGCACGCCAAGAAGUCGGUCAACUGGCUGCUUUGGCUCAUGCUCAUCCUGGUCUCCUUCACCUUCAUCAGCAUGAUCCUCUUCAUCAGACUCUUCCCCAGGCUCAGAUGAUGAAGUGUCCUCCCCCCUAAAAGACUUCGAAAUUCUCCACAGAUCUGGAUGUGUGAUUCAAUGCAAUAUCACCUGAGGUCAAACGAUCCCCUUAGGUGGACUGCAGGUCAAACUCUUUUAGCCACUUCCAGCAUCAUGUAUGAACAAGUCUCUACAUAAUGUGACAAAAGUGUCUUUUUCAACAGUUGUUUUCCGCCUCAUACAAACACCUGAUUCCAUGAAACAAUUUGCAAUCCGG